GCGGCUCCGAGCGGUCCCCGCUCCCUGUCCGAGGAGGAGCCGCCCGGGCGUCCCGGACGAUGCUGGCGCGGCCCUAGGCCUAGACCCUACACCAUGACCUGCUGGCUGCGUCUGCUGGGCCUGCACCUGCUGCUGCUGCCCAUGGCGCCCCCGGCCGCGGGCUGCCCCGCGCGCUGCGAGUGCUCCGCGCCCACCCGCACCGUGGCCUGCGGGCGCCGCCGGCUGACUGCCGUCCCCGAGGGCAUCCCGGCCGAGACGCGCCUGCUGGAGCUGAGCCGCAACCGCAUCCGCUGCCUGAACCCAGGCGACCUGGCCUCGCUGCCCACCCUGGAGGAGCUGGACCUCAACCACAACGUGAUCGCUCACGUGGAGCCGGGGGCCUUCGCCAACCUGCCCCGCCUGCGCGUCCUGCGCCUCCGCGGCAACCAGCUGAAGCUCAUCCCGCCCGGCGUCUUCACGCACCUGGACAGCCUCACCCUGCUGGACCUGAGCGAGAACAAGCUGGUCAUCCUGCUGGACUUCAGCUUCCAGGACCUGCGCAGCCUGCGGCGGCUGGAGGUGGGCGACAACGACCUGGUGUUCAUCUCCCGCCGGGCCUUCGCGGGGCUGCUGGGGCUGGCCGAGCUCACGCUGGAGCGCUGCAACCUCACGUCGCUGUCGCCGGAGUCGCUGGGCCACCUGCGGGGCCUGGGCGCGCUGCGCCUGCGCCACCUGGCCAUCGCCGCGCUGGAGGACCAGAACUUCCGGCGGCUGCCGGGCCUCUCGCAUCUGGAGAUCGACAACUGGCCGCUGCUGGAGGAGGUGGCGCCCGGCAGCCUGCGCGGCCUCAACCUCACGUCGCUGUCCAUCACGCACACCAACAUCACGGCCGUGCCGGCCGCCGCGCUGCGCCAGCAGGCCCACCUCGCCUGCCUCAACCUGUCGCACAACCCCAUCAGCACGCUGCCGCGCGGCUCCUUCCGGGACCUGGUGCGCCUGCGCGAGCUGCACCUGGCGGGGGCGCAGCUGGCCGUGGUGGAGCCCCAGGCCUUCGCGGGGCUGCGGCAGAUCCGCCUGCUCAACCUGUCGGACAACCUGCUGUCCACGCUGGAGGAGAACACGUUCCACUCGGUGAACACGCUGGAGACGCUGCGCGUGGACGGCAACCCGCUGGCCUGCGACUGCCGCCUGCUGUGGAUCGUGCAGCGGCGCAAGACGCUCAACUUCGACGGCCGCCUGCCCGCCUGCGCCAGCCCCGCCGAGGUGCGCGGCGACGCGCUGCGCCGCCUGCCGGACUCCGUGCUCUUCGAGUACUUCGUGUGCCGCAAGCCCAAGAUCCGCGAGCGCCGGCUGCAGCACGUCACGGCGGCCGAGGGCGGCGACGCGCGCUUCCUGUGCCGCGCCGACGGCGAGCCCGCGCCCUCGGUGGCCUGGGUGACGCCGCGCCACCUCACCGUCACGGCCUCCAGCCGCGGCCGCGCCCGCGUGCUGCCCGGGGGCACGCUGGCCAUCACGGACGCGCAGCCCCACGACAGCGGCACCUACACGUGCGUGGCCAGCAACGCCGGCGGCAACGACACCUACUUCGCCACCCUGACCGUCCAGCCGGCCCCCAACCGGACCCGGGGCGACGGGCACAACGAGACGCAGGUGGGCGCCCGCUUCCCGCUGGACCUCACCACCAUCCUGGUGUCCACCGCCAUGGGCUGCAUCACCUUCCUGGGCGUGGUCCUCUUCUGCUUCCUGCUGCUCUUCGUGUGGAGCCGCGGCCGCGGGCAGCACAAGAACAACUUCUCCGUGGAGUACUCGUUCCGCAAGGUGGACGGGCCGGUGGCCGCGGCCGGCCAGGGAGGAGCGCGCAAGUUCAACAUGAAGAUGAUCUGAGCCAGCCCCACGGUGGGCGCGGGGCUUGGGGGGGCCUCCGGCCAGUCUCAGCCAAUUUCCACCUAUGCAUAUUUUUUUUCCCAGAGGGGAAGCAUGGCGGCUGCAAGUCAGCUCACAGGCAGAACUUCCACAUUUGCUUUUUGUGUGUGUGUAGAUAUCUGCGGACUGUUUUCGAGCAAAUCACUUUUGCAGGUCCUGAAAAAGUGUUUUCUAAGGGUUUCAACCUGUCUUUCCUGCCCUCUGCUGUGGCUGCUGUGCUGGGACCCAAAGUGCUGGGGACACUCAGGGUCCAGAGUUCCUUAUGCAGGUGCAGAAUGUGGCCCCAAAGUCCUGCAUCCUCCGUUUGUCGCACUCAGCAGGCGGGUCCCCCAGAGGACACAGUGUUUUCAGUGGGCGCCUCCUCAGCCCACCGUAACACAUCCCCGUGCCAUACACAGGGCCCAGGGCUGCAGCAGGGUCCCCGGGCAGGCACUGGCCCGGCUCCUGCCCACUGCUACUCGGCCAGCCCAGGGCUACCCCAGGCUUGCAGGAGCCCUGUCCCCAUCCCUCCAUCCCGCCAGGAACUUCUGGUCUGGUGGGGCCGCCUGCCAGGAGAAGCCAUGUCCCCAUGUCCCCUAGAGGCCCCUCCAUCCUGCCUAGCCAUGCUGGCCAUCUGCUUGCAGGAGGGCUGACUGCGCUGGGUUCUAGGAACCUGUCAGGCCACCCAUGGCCGCUCUGCCUCUCCGCAGGGGCCAUCGCCCAUGCUGGCAGGGGUGGGCAGGCAGGGGUAGGGGCGGUGAGGGCUCAGACAUCAGACAGGGUCAGGUCAUGACCCAGCAGCCUGUCCUAAGUUCCUCCCCGGCUCCCACCUCCGCCUGAUGACAGUGCGCUGCUGACAGGGGGACCUUGGGACUUAGCCAGAGACCAGGAAGGCACAGCAGGCUGCUGGACAUGCAGUAAGACAGGCUGCAGCUCUGCUCCUGCAUGCCCAGCUGUGAUUGUGGUUCGCUGCGACCCUCCACGUCUUCCUUUGCAGAGCUAGUCUGAGCUGGCAGCCUUUGCCCUCAAGCCAGGCUCACAGAACCCCUGAUUGGGUCCAGACGAAAAGGCAACUUCACACCAGGCAAGACUCAGCUCAAGCUUGGCUGGGAACAUAGGGACCCUUUGGUCCUGCCCUCCCCAAAAAAAUGGGUCAACAAGACCCGAGUGACCGGAUUGAACAAUAUUUUCAGACCCUAGCCCUGAGCCGGACAGGACGGACCCCUUUGGUCCUGGAGCACCCUCUUCUUAGCCCCUGUUGCCAUGGCAAGUCCAGGGCCCUCAAAACAACCACCAACGAAAUCCAAGUGCCUUUAGAGUCCUUAAAAGACAGGAGGGUACAUUGCAGGCAGGGCUAUUCACAGUGUCGGUACAUUACAUUGGGGUUCCCCAGUCCCAACAACCUCCAUCCUCACCCCGCUGUGUGACUGAAAUCCAAUAAAACAACCAGAUUUAAU